AUGGACGCCUUGAUGACCACCCGUCUUCGGCUCCCCUGCACCCGACGCCCAUCCCGACAGCGUCCAGCAUUGAUCACCGCGGUGAUGCUGCCCGAGGGGCGCGUGGGGAUGUUCAUUCCCCAGCCGGUGCUCGGGGCGGGGCACAUGGCGCGGGCCACAAGAACGGCGGAGCAGCCACGCUGCAGUGCGAUCGGGGAGGCUACCGGCACUUGGAGUGGCCCCGAACUGGGCUGGAUCACAGAGCGGUGGCGCCCUGUCCGGGAGAUUGACAUCCUAAAUGGCGGCGACGAAGGGAUCAUGGUCGAGCAAGGUCCCCCUCCAUUGAAGCUUGCGUUUAGUGGCGGUGGCAUCUUCUUUUGGUGGGAACUAGGCUGUGUUCAGUGGCUGUCAGAGCACUAUGAUCUGAAGAAAACCCCUAUGGUGGGUGCCAGCGGCGGUGCCUUGGUUUCCACACUGGCGGCCACUGGUGUUGAGCCUGAAAGGGCACUGGAGUGCGCGCGUCGGCUUGGAAGGAAAUACGAAAUCUGGGAGAGACCUCUGGGCUUGAUGGGUGUCUGGGGGCAAAUAAUUAGGGAAUGGCUGGAUGAGUUGCUGCCCAAUGAUGCGGCAGACUUGUGCAGGGGAAAUGUGGAGGCAGUUGUCACAAAGCUGCCUUUUUUCGAGCUUGCUGCUUACUCAGACUUCAAGUCAAAGGAGGAUCUCAUCGAUGUCAACAUGGCGUCUGCUCACGUUCCGUUCCUUUUGGAUGGACAAGCAUCGACGCUGUGCAGGGGAAGCUGGUGCAUUGAUGGGUCCUUUCAGGAUUUUGUCACCAACUCCAAUUCCCAUCUACUGACAUGCGGGGGCAACACUGUAAUAUUCGACUAUUCUCAGGAUGACGAAUUGGGAGCUCAACGAAUGGACUUUCUGAGCCUGAAGGAGUACGAGGAGGUGAGGGAGCUGAUGGAACUGGGAUACAGGCACGCCCAGCGAUUGUACGACAGAGGCGCAUUUGACAAAUUCGACGUCAGCAUGUGCCAACAGGGCUGGAGUUGGCGGCUGUUGCCGCAGUGGAGCUUCAGCUCGUAG